AUGUCAUCUGAAAACCUCAGACUAUUUAUGUAUGGACAGUUUGUUGAGGCCGAAGAUUGUAAUUACUAUAGUGGAAUUGUAUACCCCAAAUGUGUUCCGUUCAGUGUGUUCAAUGCAAUGUCAACGUUUACAGUCAGAGAUGAUGACGUAUGGUUAUUAAGCUACCCUAAAGCAGGUGCAGCUUGGAUGAUGGAAAUUGCCCAUCAUAUAGCAGAAUAUGAGAGUCAUGCGACAGAUGUGGUUCUGUUUCCAGAGUUUGCGAUUUCUGAGCAUGAACCAAACUAUGAAGUGAUUUGUGAAACACAGUCCCCAAGAUUUAUUGCCAGUCACUUACAAGGAAGUUUGUUACCUCCACAAUUAGGUGAAUCCAAUGCAAAGAUAAUUUACAUAGCACGUAAUCCUAAAGAUGUAGCAGUAUCGUUAUAUAAUCAUUACCAAGUAGACACAGCUAUACCAAACGUCAAGUCUUGGGAUGUAUUUUUUGAUGCUUUCAUUAGAAACGCUGUUGUGUUUGGCAGCUGGGCGGAUCAUACUCUAUAUUGGUGGCAAAGACGAGAAAAAAGCAAUGUGUUGUUUAUCACCUAUGAAGAGUUCAAACAGAACCGAAAAAACGUCAUGAACCAAAUUAGGGAAUUUUUGGGAAAGGAAAUAGAGACAAGUAUACUGGAUGACAUUGAUAAGAAAUCAGUGUCAAAAAGAGUGUUGAACAAGGAACAAAUGAAAGAGGCAUCAAGAUUUCCAAAACAAGGUAAUAUUGGUAUGUGGAAGAGAGUAUUCACCAAGAAACAGAACGAACUAUUUGAUAGGGAGUACGCUGCCUGGAUUGGUAACAGUGGAUUGAAAUUAAAAUUCUAA